AUCCCACCAUUUCCCAUUCAAUUAUUUAUCUGCCAUUUUGUGUUUCAUUUUCUGUUAGCUUUCCGUUAUUCCUGGUUAUAUAAGCCAUCGAUUUUCUGGCAUUGAUAACAUUGUUUGUGAAUUGUUGUGUAUGGUAAUGGCAACAAAAUUGCUGCCUUUACCUAACUGUAGAAAAAGCAUAUUGUUUCCAAAUGCAAAUAUGGCUAUUUCAAGAGAUUGCAUUGUUGAUCAUCUUCACAUGACUGGUUUUGACUGUGGUCGAAGACUCUUCCCUUGCUAUUGUUCUGUGGCCACUACCCUGCCUUCUUUACUAAAAAGCCCCAGCCAUAGGAAAUUGGGUUGGUUGGUCAAGAACAGCCAAGGUGGCGGACAAUUGAACUCUCCUGAGAGAAGUGGAACUCGGCUAAUUAGAGCCCUCCGAACUUUUCAAAUCAGGUUGAUUGCCAAGAUCGAGGAGUUGAAGAAGGGUUUCCCUAAAAAGUUACUUUGCUUGCUUGUUGGGUUCUAUUGUGCAACUGCAUUUGCCACAGUGAUAGGGCAAACAGGGGAUUGGGAUGUGUUAUCUGCUGGUUUGGCAGUGAUGGUGGUGGAGGGGAUAGGUGCUCUCAUGUACAAGGCUUCCUCUCCUUUGUUUGAGAGGCUCCGGUUUUUUAUCACUUUGUUUAAUUACUGGAAGGUUGGUCUCUCUCUAGGCCUCUUUUUGGACGCCUUCAAAUAUGAAAUGGAUGCAAUUCUUGGGUUCAUUACUGAACCCUUCAAUUUUGAAAUAGAUUUGUUCCCGAUGUUCUUAUAAUAGUGGUUUAAUAAGAAUAUUGGAUGUAGGUUUCUCCC